CGAGAUUGGAGUCUUUCCGGCGUCAGCAUACCGCUGACAUUAGCCGUGAAGACUCUGGGAUCGAGAUUGAAACGUUCGUAGAGUUGGGGUUCCAGUCCUUAUAAGCUUAAGCCCGGCUGUCAAGGAGAGACUCAAACUUUACCGUUCAUCGGUUUCUAGACGCUUAGCUCGUUCGUUGACGUGGCUGUAUAUUAUUUAGCUGAUAUAGAUAUGGCCGUGCCUAUACAAGCGUCCGUAAUAAGUGAGUGGUCAUUAUGUAGGUGCCCGUAGAGGUGGCCGUAUUGUAGAGUUGGCCGAGGGUCGACCGAAUGAACUACGCCCACUGUAUCAAUAGUCAUUCGACAGACGCUGAUUUCAUUUAUAACCUUUACUUGUUUACGUGAAUCAACAGAAGGCGGUGUGCCUCUAUACCAUUAUACUCUAUACCGCUCUAAACCUUCAAACGUUUUAUCUAACAAUGAGUUUACGAAAGAGAAGCAGUUCAAGUUCAAGCCUUUUCAGCAUCCCCACAUUGCACAAGCUAACAGGGGAGAAAGGAAACUUUCGAACAAGCCACUACGACUCGCCGUUUGUCGACCUGGAAACGGCCAUGGCAAGGUCCUUUGGAGUAAGGGCAUCGACGACGUCCAUCAGACAAAAAGUUAAACUAUAUGCAAACACAUAUAAAAUGUCACCGGACGUAACACUCAACAUCGCCAAAAUACAAGAAAUUGUCAAGCGAAAUCUUCAGGUCAGUUUGGAAUUCGAGAAGUAUGAUUGCAAGAGGAGUCGAGACAUAUCUAAAGUACUUUCCAAUGGCAUUCUCCAAGAGGUUAAGAUGCUUGGGAUGGCGAGAUAUCGAUUUGUGUGCACUGUGACUAUCGGAGAAUUGAAAGGUCAAACUGUGAGGAUAGCUAGUCGAUGUGUAUGGGAUAUCGAAAAUGAUAAUUUUGUAACAGAAAGUUUCUACAAUAAUUCUUUGUUUGCUGUAGGCACUGUUUUUGGAAUAUAUUACGAGUAAAAAUAGAAAUACAAGCGUCGUAAUGUAUGAUUUUAGGAGUAUUUUAGAAUUGAGAGAAGGAGUUUGUUUUGUGAUGAUGGGCAGUGUCGAAUGGUUGUCAGCACUUCAAAUGUCGACGUCCGUAAGGGAAGGUAAACACUCAAGGGAAACUCCGGUUAGGCACCCAUUAUGAACUUCUUUGCGGUAGGUCGAAGGAACAUUAGGCCCCAUAUAUUUGUAUUUUGACGGUAAUGACUAUCUGAUGAAGACACCAUUGCCGUUAUCAGUCUCAGGCUGAACAAUCAGAAAUAUAUUUGGGUCAUGCAGUA